AUGCACUACCUAGCAGCGUCACGUUGUUCGUUUCUUUUCGUCCUUUGGUCUUUUAUAACUCCGUUUAUCUUCGCCAACCGGAUUACGAGGGACUCGCCUGACCUGCAGAGGUCCACCAUCACCGGGCUUGGAGUGAAGGAGCACUCGCAGAUUGUUGCUCAGCACAAUAGACUGCGCAGCCGGGUCAAACCCAUGGCAGCCAACAUGCAAAAGAUGGAGUGGAAUGAGAAGUUGGCCUUGCUUGCAGAGGAGAAAGCAGCAUGGUGUCACACAGACCCCUCCCCUCAACACUCCUCAGCUGUCAGUCACGUUGGCUGGAACGCACAUCUUUCGCCGUACGGUGUCAACUCAUUUUCUGAUGUCAUCGACUCUUGGUUUGAAGAGGAAGACAAUUUUCUCUUCUUGAGUGGGCAAUGUAGAGAGAAUGCCACCUGCCGACACUACACACAGAUGGUGUGGGCCACUUCAAAUCAAGUUGGCUGUGCCACCCAGCUGUGUCUGAGAGAAGGCGACCUGAGGGAGAUGUUUGUUUGUGCAUAUUUUCCUGGGGGUAACUGGGAGGUCAAUGGUCGGCUGGUGACGCCCUACAAGACCGGGGUUUACUGCUCUCUCUGCACCUCCUCCAUGUCUGGCUGCUUUAGACUGUGGGACCAUGUGGGUGGAUUAUGUGAGAUUCCAAAGAAUCCGUGUCGUAUGAGCUGUGGGCUGAACGGCCAUCUCAACAUUACAUCCUGCAAGUGCAAGUGUGACCCUGGUUUCACUGGACGCCUCUGCCAGGUUCGGUGCAGUGUGCAGUGCGUACACGGCCGUUUCAAAGAAGAAGAAUGCUCUUGUUUGUGCGAUGUUGGCUAUGGUGGAGCUGAGUGUGCAGAAAAGGUGCAGUAUCCCUUCCACAGCUGUGACGUGAUGAUAGAUGGCGACUGCUUCAUGGUGUCUUCAGAAACAGACACUUACUAUGGAGCCAAGAUUCUCUGUCAGGGGAAAGGGGGUAUUUUAGCUCUAAUCCACAAUCAGAAGGUUCAGGACAUUCUGGCGUUUUAUCUCAGUCAACUGGAGACGAGCAAUGAGGUCACCAACACCGACUUUGAGACCCGAAACUUCUGGAUUGUACACAUUUUCACCUUUAUCAGAUUCAGCAGCUUUGCCUUUGGGCAACCUGACAACCAAGGUUUUGGAAACUGCGUAGAGCUACAGGCAUCAAGUGCCUUUAACUGGAAUGAUCAACGCUGUAAAACACAGAACAGAUACAUCUGCCAGCACGCUGCAGAGCACAUUGCCAAGUGGGAUGAAUCCAGAUGACCUGCAUUUGUGAGGGAAUGAAACCUGAU